AAUACGUAAGUUGGUCUGUGCUCUUGGCUCUUCUUGAACUUGAGUUUUUAAACGAGUACGAGAUAGGUCACAAAACAUAACCUCAUUAAGUCACCGUCAGAUUACUUUCGGUUUUAUGGAGCUUGUAGUUCGUCGGUUUCCUCUGUUGAAAAAUGGAAAACUCCUUCGUUGCUGCUAUUGUUUUAUUGAAGACAGAUCAGCAAUACGCUUCUAUGCAACUCAACUCCGCUCUGCAGAAUACACGAGAUGCUACAAUGUCUUGGGGGUGAAGGAAGAUAGUGAUCAGGAGACUGUGAGGCAAGCGUUUCUGAAACUUGUCAAGAGAUACCAUCCUGACAGCGGAUCUACGGAUGCUGACCCUCAGCGUUUUCAGGAGAUUGAGAAGGCUUAUCGGAAACUCCAGCAGAAGUUUCACGCAGAACGGUGGUCGGACAGAUGGAGCGAGAGCGCAGGAGAGUAUGGGUUGUAUUACAAGGAGAAAAAAGGAAAAGAUAACGUUCCUGUUGUAGAGCACGAUAUUAAGCACACAGCACCACAACAUCGACAGUAUCUGAGCUAUGACGGGGUGGGAGUUGGCACUCCUACACAAAGACACAAGCAGUACCAGAAGCAGAGGGCGGCUACGGCAGUAGAGAAUGUAUACAGCCACCGUGUGACCAAACUACAACAAGACACUCUGAGUGAGGAACAAGCACUAGUGGUGAAGGAUAAGCAGCGAGCUCGCAACAUCAAAACCAGGUAUGGCAUGGACAGGCUGGUAGAGGACCUGAUACAAGAGUCAAUGGCCAAGGGGGAGUUUGACAAUCUGUCAGGCAAAGGCAAGCCACUGACCACCAAGCAGGACCAUCACAAUCCAUAUGUUGACCUGGUCACUCACAAGUUGAACCAGGUGAUGAUAGACAACGGGUUCAUGCCGGAGUGGAUCAUGCUACAGAAGGAGAUACGGGAGGACAUCGAGAGGUUGAGAGAGAGACUGCGGAGAGUGAGAGACCAACUCCCCCCUCCCCCACUCUCUGAAGAGCAGGAGGAGAGAUGGAGCAACAAUGUCAAGAACUACAGAGAGGAUGUGCAGACAAUCAACGGUAAAAUAGAAAAAUUCAACCUGGUAGUGCCCCUACUUUACAACCAGAUGCUGCUCUUUGACCUGGACAAAGAAGCGACCAAAAUUGCAAAGGAAAUGCCUACAUUACCGCAAAAAAAGGAAAAAUUACAAGGUAAGCAAAGUGAAGAACAUCGUAGCGGAGAUUUUCUCAAUAAAAUCAUGUCCAUAUUCAGUGGCUAGUAGCUUUGACUAUUGAUACAGCUAGACAUUCCAUCCCAAUUUUAAAUUUGUCGCCUCAUUUUAAACCAAAAUCUUUGUAUUUUAUGUGAGCCACCAACAGAUUGUGCUGAUCUAAAAAUAACGUAGAAACUAGAAUUUUAUACACUAGCGCAACCUGCGACUGGCUCACACAACUAUGUUAUUUUCUAAUAAAAAGUGGGCGACAGCUGGUCCAUUAAGAUGGGAUGUCUACUACAGUAUCCAAUGGUCAAUGCUAGUAAUCUUCUUGUGACAUAGCUUUAAGAUUUUCUGUGAUAAAGUAAUACUUUUAUCAACUGAAGUUCAAGUGUAUUAUGUUUGCAUAUUUAAUAGUCUAGAGUUUGUGUUUAUUUAUCACUAACCUUAUUUAUAACAAGAUUUGGCUACAAUGGCCUGAUUGAAGAACAUUGGUUAGUAUCAAAACAUGUGACAAUCAAAACAAAAUAAUGUACCUAAUUCAUAUCACCCUUAGACCAUGGACUUCACAAUUAAUGUUUUUAAUAUGUUGUUGUAAACUCUGGGAUAAACCACGGCCACCUUUAACUCCAUGCAGCGGCCUUCGAAGUGGCAACAUCGCCAGUAGGGUAGUAACAGCUGUUUUGUUUUGGAUGCAGCUAAUGGUAUUUGUGUAUUUUUUAAGAAUAUGGAAGCUUGGUUACUGGGCGAUGAAAAUAUUGACUCCACUUUAAAUGUACAAAAAUAGAUUUUACUUCAAUUCUAUAUGUUUUAUUUUCAAUCUUUCAAUACAUUUAUGUUCAUAACUUUAAAAUUAAAUGAAUAAUACGCGAAUUAAUGAGCUGGUGUCACCUGUCUGCCAUGUUAUCUUAUGGGACGUCUGGCGCUAGACAAAACUACUUGCAACAUUGCCAAUUCUACCAGGUUGCAGCCUGGAGUUAAAGGUGGCCGUGGGUAAACAGGGUUCAAGUAAACUUUCAAAUAAAUCAUUUCCGAAGAUGAUUUUAAUCAUUAUUAUACAUUCUAAAAAAAUGUAUUUUCAUAAUCACAUUUUGUACACAAAUUGAUGUAUUACUAAGGAUAUUGUUUUGAUUAUUAAUUUAUUUUCUAUUCUUCUGUUCAUUAUAUUUGUAAUUUUAUACUAUAUUGUGAUAAUUUUAUAGUUAUAUCAAAGAUGUAUUUAUAUUAGUUUCCUUCUUACUAAUUAAAAACCUGUAUCUAACACUUUAAAAGUUUAAGGGGUGACCCUACAAACAUUGGUCAGAAAACUUGUAAAUAUUUCUAUAGUUUUAAUACGUUUGUGAAAUAUUAUAUGCUGUUUUUACUGUAUUACUCGUAGAUACAUAAGAUAUUAUUUUGACAAACUUUAAAUAGGUGGUUGUUAUCAUUUUAUUGUUAUUGU